CAACAGGGUAAAUGUCAAAAAUACAAAGACCUCUCAUUGGAUAUUGCUUUUGGCCACAUGUGUAAAAAAAAAAGAAAAACUUCAAAACAAAAACUGGGAUAGACAAGCCUUCGGACUGGAUAUUAGAAUAUUUUCUGAAUUUAUAAUGCCGAAACCGACGAAAUUGCACGCUAAGGGGAAGCCGAAGCCGAAAUCGAUGCAGAAGGCAUGUAAUGAGAAGACCAGUAGUAGUAGCUCGAAUGAUACAGACGGGAACCAAGAGAAUGCUAUGAGGCAAUUCGAGUUGGAGCUCUGCUGGUGCAUUCAGCAAUUGGAACGCACUUUGAAUCACAAAAAGACUAGUGAGACACAAGUGCAAGACACAUGGAAGGUGUUGCAAGUGUUAAAAAAUAAUAAUCAGCCAAUCAUAAGGAAGAGGCAACUAAUGCGUACACACUUUGGUGACUAUAGAGCAAAGAUGUUGGCAGAGGAGAAGAAACAAACUAAAAUGACAAGUAAAAUGAAGAUUUUAGAAAAACCAACAAACCCUAAAGCUACAUUCCUGAGAAAGUCAUUAUUUCAGUCAACGGGAGACAGCUCAUUUCAAUUUAAUUUUAAUUUAAAACUUGAUCAAUUGGAUAUUGGUAAUGAGAACCCUGAUGUUACAACCCAGAAUUUAACUGGCAAUACCGAAGUCCCAGCUGGCAACACAGAGACUCCUGUUAGCAACACAAUAGCAAGUUCUGGUGAUGACAAACCUCAAAACGCGCAAGUAAUAGAAAAUAAUACAAAUACAUUCAAAUUUAAAUUUUCAGGUGAAGCAUUUAGAUUUAAUUUCGACGUAGCCAAUUAAUUUAAAGUUUAUUUUUAGAGCUCAAGUGUAUUUUCUAUGGAAAUGAAUUUGAUAUCCUUUA